AUGGUUAUUAAACAGAGGAGAGAUCACCCAGCUCCACCACGAGGUCUCGCUCCACAAGAAAGCCCAGCACCCCAAGUAAGCCCAGCUCCACCAGAAAGCCCAGCUCCACCAGGAGGCCUAGGUCUACCAGGAGGCCUAGCACCACCAGAAAGCCCUGCUACAUCAGAAAUCCCUGCUCUACCAGAAAUCCCUGCUCUACAGGAGAGCCCAGCUCCACCGGAAAGCCCUGCUACAUCAGAAAUCCCUGCUCUACCAGAAAUCCCUGCUCUACCAGAGAGCCCAGCUCCACCAGAAAGCCCUGCUACAUCAGAAAUCCCUGCUCUACUGGAAAUCUCUGCUCUACCAGAAAUCCCUGCUGUACCGGAGAGCCCAGCUCCACCAGAAAGUCCUGCUCCACCAGCAAGCCUACAUCCACCUGAAAGCCCAGCUCUACCAGAGAGCCCUGCUCCACCAGAAAGUCCUGCUCCACCAGCAAGCCUACAUUCAUCAGAAAGCCCAGUUCCACCAAAACGUCCAGCUCCACUAGAGAGCCCUGCACCACCAGAAAGCCCUGCUCUACCAGAAACCCUGCUCUACCGGAGAGCCUACAUUCAUCAGAAAGCCCAGUUCCACCAAAACGUCCAGCUCCACCAGAGAGCCCUGCACCACCUGAAAGUCCUGCUCCAAAAACUUUAGCUCAACAAGGAGAUCCAACCAGAAAUCCCUGUUUGAAAAUGAAGGCAGUUCCACCAGGAGAUUAAUCUCCAACAGAAAGCCUGG